CUUCCUACAUCUGGUAACACAGCCAGCGGAAGGGGCGGUGAGUCAUGUGGUCAGAUGUUCCAGUUGUUUAUCAGUGGACAGGAAAAAAUAACGUUUAGAAAUUUUUCUUAUAGAAAAUACAAUUUUAAAAAAAUCUAAAAAUUGCACAAUUAAAAACUUUCUGCUUUGAUAUUCAAGGCUUUCUAAAGAAAACACGAAGAAUAUUUAAGCAAUAGAACUAUUAAACAAAAAAAAUUGCUCGUAAAAUUAUGUUAUGCGCGUUUUUCGUUGGCGUUUAUUUCGUUGCACGUGAUUUAUCAUUUAUAUUAUCUAGAAACUAAUGGUUUUUUUUAUGCGAAUGGUAUUGAUCACGCUCAAUGAAUUUAAAGCAUAAGAGACUUAAGAUAUUUUUAACUCGAAUACGUCACAAAUAAAAAGCAUAUAUAUGCAGCUGCUCCACAACAAAAUAAGCAAACAUUGAAGAUAUCAUUAACAUGUACUAUCUGAAAAAUAAGUAAAAGUGAUUUUUUUUUGGGGGGGGGGGGGUUAGGGGUUGGGGGUAAAGCUAAAAACUUGAGAGAAUGGGUUGCAAAAGCUACACGUCUAUGUGCCAAGCUCGGCUUGAUAGAAUGACAGAAAGUGUGUCAAUUAACCUUCCACCGGUUAUGUUGCAAUAAAGAAAGAAGAAGCACAUUAACAAAAGCAAAUGUUAUCAAUUAUCCAAUUAAACAAUACAUAAAAAAAGUUUUAUUUUUUCCAUAAAACUUUUCUUUUUGCCUUCGUGAACAACUUAGCUAUGGAAGCAUUCCUUAAGGAUUCAUUGCAUCAUAUUGCUUUCAUCUUCCCUUUGAAAAACAGGAUAAAUGUAUUUUAUGUAUAGGGAGUUGAGAAAAAUGCGAGCUAAUUUUUUGUGAUUGGCAACGAGUCUAUUUGCCAAGUUUCAGCUCGAUAGGUUGAUGGGAUGUGAAACAAUUAUCGUUCCGAUUUUUUUUUUUUUUAAACACGAACAUAAAAGCGAAAGCAAAGUUAUAAAGUAUUUCAGGAGAUCAAUGUCUAUAGAUGGUCUUACUACAAUUUAAAUGCAUUAUUGUGUUUCAUAAUUAUCAUAAUAACUUGAUAUAACAUCCAAAAGGCGCCUUACAAAAUAGUUUUAACGUUAAGUAUAAGUCAUUCGUUUAGAUAUAAAAGCAGACAAGCUAAACAUUUAAGUAGUACGUGAAUAACAUAAAAUGGGAUUAGGUAGGUGUCAAAUAUCAAUUUUAUUUAAGUAAAUGGUAUUCUUAAACAUGAGUGAUUAUAACGCUAUUAAGAUAAACUAUAAUGUCAUAUAGUGUAAGUAUUAUUCUGAACAAGUUAAAAUGUAUUUUUUGCAUAUAAAUGUUUAAUAUAUAUAUAUACAUAUAUAUAUAUAUAUAUAUAUAUAUAUAUAUAUAUAUAUAUUUUAUUUUAUAUAUAUUAUAUGAUUAAUAUUUUUUAUAUAUAUAUAUAUAUAUAUAUAUAUAUAUAUAUAUAUAUAUAUAUAUAUAUAUUAUAAUUUAAAUACAUUAUGAGAUUCUGAAUGAUAUAUUACUUUUAUUUUCAAACUAUUCACAAUAAGAUACCAUUCUCGUUGUGUCAUCUCCACAGCCUGCCACGUUCACAGUGUUCACACCAGACACAGUGACCAUCCCAGUGACCACGAAUUCUCUGUUGAAACUGAACAGUAAGGUAUGUCAAGCGAUGGAGUUCAUUACAAAGCAGUCAACCGUGUCUAAAAGAUACUAUUGAAGUGAAGUAGGACAUAAACACCCAUACUUGUAACACGAAAUAAGAAACAGCCUCAACAUUGAUAAAUUACUUAAAAAUCCAAUAGACAUGAAUGCACUAAAAGUAGUACCUUCUAUUUACAACUUUUUGUGCGUUAUUAAGAGAGCCAACUUGAUAGAAGUGUGUUCUUCAAGUUUAGUUGAUAUAGUAGUUAUACAAUCAAAAAUAUAAAACAAAUAUCUAUCUUUUAAGAUAUCGAUUGCUUAUCUUUAUAAAAGACAAUAAGUUUUCCUUUUUUGGGUCCAAGGUCAACUGCGACGACCCUGACCCUGAUGAUAUUUGCACGUGUCUCGUUGACAGCAACUCUAUCCCGUUUGAGACAUUUUGGCUGAAUUCUGACGACGGUGAGUUAACAUCGGCCACAUUUUACGAAUCCCUGGGGCCUACCACUUGGACCGGCAAGACCCAGGCAUUCUUUUAAUGACAUGAUGGGUGGUAACGAUAUUUUUAUUUUGUUAUUGUCUUGAGUUGUUCAUGAUAAAACAUUAUAUAAAAGUUGUUAUGUCUUUAUAAAAAGUGUCACCUUUCACAUUUAACAUGUCCACACAACUACAACUUGCAGAGGCGUAUAAAGAAGGUAGAGGGCAGAGGGGUGUUCUGUCGUGGUUAAUACUUUUUCUUAAUGCAGAGAAUUUGUGAUUUUGGAAAAAAUGUAGAACUUUUUUUCGUGAAACGAUUACCAACCUUUGUGGCAUUUAUUCUAGCGAGGUUUUCUUUCAUACAAUAAAUCCAGGAGUUCAUUCUGUGUACUACAUGUGUGGCUUUUUAUUACCAUUCUUGCAGGUUACUAUGUUUAUUAUGAUGCUACGAUCCCUCUCGUGCAAGGCACGACCUACCCUGUACGAGUGGCUUGCCGGGAGAAUAACCUCAACAUGUGAGUACGUUAACAACAAACGCAGCAAAAGACAAUAAUGCCAACGUCAUCAAACAACGAAACACUCACACUUACAUCGUCAUCAAACAACGGAACACAAAUACUUAGAUUGUCAUCAAACAAUACAACACCACACACACUUACAUCGUCACCAAACAACGUAAUACACACGCAUAAAUACAUUCACUCCACACCUCAUCAUAAUUACACACAUUGCCCUAAUACACUUCGUACACACAUCAACCCAAUUCACCAUCACACAGCACACAAACACACGCACAUACAGCAUUACACAAGCACACUCAUAUAUGUGCCGACAAUUAAACAAUUAACCGUCCACUGGCACACACAGUACACUUAUCGAUUGUACUACAUAUAAUACACUAAAACCUCCACAUAUAUACACACCAGACAUGCUAACAUACCAACAGACCACUUGACGUUAUACCGUCUCUUCACUCUCAGUAUCUCCAGACGAACUCUGAACGUGGUGGUAACGACUAACUCACCGCCUACCUUUACCAACGCAG